CAUUUUUAACCAAUCGCACUAUUUCCAUGUACACAUCGCUCUAGAAGUAUCAGGUUAUUUCCCAAGUGCUAAUUAUUAUAAAUCAACCAUCAAAUUAAAGCUACACCGUUGCGAAACUGUUGACACAAACAAGGAAUAAAUUGUUAAUCACCUAAUAAUAGACCACACUUCUGGGAAUUCGCCUUAUUCUCCUGAAGAAAAUUGCUAAACUCUCACAUGCAUUACUUAUAUACAUACUUUGUUGCAACAAACAGUCCUUGAAAGCCUAAUGGAACGGCGGAAGUAGUUGGUGUGUAUCUCUCCAACAUGUCGAACAAAGCGCAGGUCUCCAAAAAAGUCGUAAGCAGUGAUGCCUUCAAAUUUCACUUCAAAUUCUGGCGAAUCCUUGGUAUUUAUCUCACCACUGAUUCCACCAUUUUAUAUGUUGUGAUGAUAACCAUGAGCACAAGCUUACCUGUUGGUAUGAUAAUUUUUCUGUUCGAAAUGGAGAGUUUGAAAGAUAUUUUGACAAAUUUGUCAACCAAUAUAUCUGCGAUCGCGAUUAUUCUGAAAUUCGCCAAUAUCUUCUCUAGACGGGAAAGUAUUCUGGACGUGAAUGCUUGGGUUCGUCAAUUGGAUUCUCGCUCCACCUCUGCACAGGAACAGGAAUAUCUUCGUUCGGCAGUUCACACAGCACACAGAAUGUUUUAUGUGACGUUGGUUAUGUUCAUUGUUGCAGUUGCUAUAGGCGAAUUUGGCGCUUUUCUGUCACUUGAAAGGAGAUUAGUUUGUCCCGCCUGGUAUCCUUUCGAUUGGCGUCAUUCCACCUGGAAAUAUUCAAUUGCUCGUGGGCAUCAGAGUGUAGUGUUUCUAAUAUGUUUAUUACAGAAUGUAUCUAGUGAUACUUUCCCAGCCAUUUAUAUGCACGUAUUGAAAACUCAUGUGAAGACUUUAAAUAUUCGAACAAGGAGAUUGGGUAUGGACGCAACUGAGUCCUGGCAAGCCACCAAUGCGGAGCUAAUACAGUGUAUCAAAGAUCAACAAAUGUUAGUUGAGUAUUUCCACACGGUUCGGAAAGUCACUUCACCCGCAAUAUUCGUUCAAUUUUUGGCCACUGUCAUCGAUGCCUGCAUCACCGCUGUUUGUGUAUUCUGUGUAGAAGGCAAUCUAUUUGAAGCAAUAUUUUUCGGACAAUACUUCUUAUGCAUUAUCCUUGAAAUAGCCCUUUACUGUUAUUUUGGUGACGAACUAGUGGUUGAGAGCAGUCAAAUCACUGACGCUAUUUACUCCUGCAAUUGGAUGGACCAAGACAAAAUGUUCAAAAAGAAUUUGUUAGUGUUUAUGCAGUCAACACAAGAGGGUAUGACCAUUGUUGCUGGAGGAAUUUUCCCUGUCAAUUUGACAACCUUUGUUUCGGUUUUAAAAAGUUCAUAUUCAUUUUUCGCAGUCUUGAUGACCAUGACAUGAAUGCUCCAGGAGCUCUCAAAGCACGAAAAAGUAAUUGUUAGGUGGUUGUAAUAGCUUCCACACUAUAUCGAGGAAGUGUAUCUUUUAUAUAUAAAAAAUGUAUUCACAGAGGCAUCCUCUAAUAAAAUGAA